GGGGGGGUUCACACGAUGUUUGGAGUGCGGCAGAGGCGCAGCGCGGUUUGUCGGGGCAUUUGUGGGGCGGGGGGCUUCGCCGGGGGUCCAGAGGGACUACAGCUCCCAGCAGCCUCCGCGCGGCGCCACUUCCGGCGGAAAGGGGCCGGGCCAGAGCGGCGGCGAGCGCAGCCCUCGCGCGGCGCCAUUUCCGGCGGGGCCAGAGCGGCGGCGAGCGCCCCAGCACACCCCCCAUUUUUGGGGUCCCAGCCCCCCAGUUCCAGCAUGGACCCGUCGGAGCCGGGCAGCGCGGCCGAGGAUGAGGAGGAGAAGCUUCCAGAAGUUCGGCCUCGCACCCGCUCGAACCCCGAGGGCGCCGAGGACCGAGCCCCGAGCGGCCUGGGCAGCGUGGGCACCCGGGGGGACGCCGUGGGCACCCGGGGGGACGCCGUGGGCACCCGGGGAGAGGCUGUGGGCAACCGAGGAGAGGCCGUGGGCACCCGGAGCGAGGGCACCCGGGCAGAGGCCGUGGGCAACCGGAGCGAGGGCGAGGGCGAGGCGGCCAGCGCCGGGCACAGCCCCCCCGGGCAGCCUGGCACAGCCUGGCACGGCCCCGGCGGUGCCCAGCACGGCGAGGUGACCGUGAGAACACCGCGGGUGAACUGCCCCGAGAAGGUGAUCAUCUGCCUGGAUCUGGCCGAGGAGAUGGCAGUGCCCAAACUGGAGUCCUUCAACGGGUGCCGCAGCAAUGCCCUGACGGUGGCACAGAAGAUGAUCGAGAUGUUCGUCAGGACCAAACACAAAAUCGACAAAAGCCACGAGUUCGCCCUGGUGGUGGUGAACAACGAUGCCACCUGGCUCUCGGGGUUCACGUCGGAUCCCCGCGAGGUUUGCAGCUGCCUCUACGACCUGGACACCGUCGUGUGCCAGUCCUUCAAUCUGGACGGGCUCUUCAACCUCAUCCAGCAGAAGGUGGAGCUGCCGGUGACCGACAAUGUCCAGACCAUCCCCCCGCCCUUCGUGGUCAGAACCAUCCUGGUGUUCGGGCGCCCGCGCUGCCAGCCCCACUUCUGUGGGGGCGAGCACGUCAAGAAGCUGCUGCAGUGCCCCUAUUUCUUCUUUGAUGUCGUUUACAUCCACAAUGGGCUGGACGAGAAGGAGGAUGAGAGCAGCUGGAAGGUGAAGGGGAACAAAUUCCCCUAAAUUCCCCAAAUUCCUCCCAGAUUCCCCCCAGUUUCCCUCAAUUCCU